CUGCUGGCCUGCCUCCUUCUGCGCGCCUGGGCGGCCGCCUGCUCCGAUGGGAGCCCGACGCCAGCGGGGCCAGAGCGGACAGAGCAGCCAGCCCUAGCCGCCUCCGCCCUGGGAGCCUUGGAGGAUGGAGCCGGUGAGCAAGUGGAGCCCCAAGCAAGUGGUCGAGUGGACCAAGGGUUUGGAUGAUUGCCUGCAGCAAUAUGUCACAAAAUUUGAACGAGAGAAGAUAAAUGGAGCUCAGCUGUUACAGAUUUCUCACCAGGAUCUCGAAGAGUUAGGCAUCACCCGCAUUGGGCACCAGGAACUCGUUUUAGAAGCUGUGGAUCUUCUCUGUGCACUGAAUUAUGGCCUUGAAACAGACAACAUGAAGAAUUUGGUUCUGAAGUUACGAGCGUCUUCCAACAAUCUGCAAAACUACAUUGGUAGCCGGAGAAAAAGUUCAAAUUACGAUGGAAAUACCUCACGCAAACCACCGAAUGAAUUUCUUACCUCAGUAGUAGAACUCAUUGGUGCUGCCAAAACUUUACUGACAUGGCUGGACAGGACUCCAUUUACUGGGAUAGCUGACUUUUCUAUGACAAAGAACAAAAUCAUUCAGCUGUGCUUGGAUUUGACCACCACUGUUCAGAAGGACUGUCCUGUAGCUGAAAUGGAAGAUAAAGUUCUCAGUGUGUCCAAGGUUUUAAAUGGAAUUUGUGAUAAAACAAUCAGGUCAACAACAGAUCCAUUGAUGAGCCAAGGAGCAUGUCUUGAGGAGGUUCAUUUAACCAACAUCAAACCCGGAGAAGGCCUGGGAAUGUAUAUAAAAUCUACUUAUGAUGGAUUGCAUGUUGUUACUGGAACAACAGAAAACUCUCCUGCUGAUAAGUCUCAGAAAAUCCAUGCUGGUGAUGAAGUGAUCCAGGUGAAUCGCCAGACUGUGGUGGGAUGGCAGCUGAAAAAUCUUGUGAGGAAGCUCCGAGAGAAUCCUUCUGGAGUAAAUUUGCUAGUGAAGAAACGCCAUACAGGCUCUUUCAACUUUACUCCUGCCCCACUAAAAAACUUAAGGUGGAAGCCACCACUAGUUCAGCAGACCAGUCCGCCUCCAACUACUACUCAGUCCCCAGAAAGCACCAUGGAGACUACUUCACUGAAAAAAGAGAAGCCUGCCAUUCUGGAUCUAUACAUACCUCCUCCACCAGCUAUUCCAUAUGCUCCUCGGGAUGAAAAGGGCAGCUUCCUUUAUGGAGGAGGAAAUAAACCGAAGCAGCCCUUACCUGGUUCCAAAGGAGCAGAAUCCCCCAAUUCUUUCCUGGAUCAGGAGUUUAGGAGGCGAAGGUUUACUCUUACUGAUACUGAUCCACAGCCUGGCCAUCCAAUAGGAGCACAUGUUCUACCAGCAAAAAUGAGAGAAAAAACACAAUCAUAUGGAAAGCCUCGUCCAUUGUCAAUGCCAGCAGAUGGGAACUGGGUAGGAGCUGCAGAGUCUUUCUCGAAGCCCAGAGGAAUGGGGAGAAAAGGUGAAAACGUUCUCUGCCGCUACUUCAGCAAUGAGAGAAUUCCGCCUAUAAUUGAAGAAAGUUCCCCGUUGCAGCACCAGUUUUCCAGACCUAUGAUGGAAAGGCAGUUAGUCAGGGGCGCAGACUACAUCAGAGGAAGUCGGUAUUUUGUUAAUAUGGAUCUUCACAACAGUGCCACCAUCCCUUUCCAGGAGGAUGGUGCCAAAAAGCCGCCUGUGCCCCCCUCCUCUACAAAGUCCUCCUCAACUGAACCCUCCCUGCUGGUCAGUUGGAUCACACGGCUGAAACUAUUGACUCACUGAAUUUACUGACUGGACUAUGAUUAUUUUGGUGGUGGGGAGGAGAUAUGUUACCAAGUGCCUUCCCCUCUCCAUCACUUCUAGGUCAAGAAGCUCUGCAUUAUCUACAGAGUUAUUUAGUAGUUAACACGUAUUUUAUUUAUCUACCCAGAAAAGCUUGCUGUUUUCCCAGAUGUUGCUGUCUCAAAUUCACUGGAAUUGUAGUGUGUGUGUGUGUGUGUGUGUGUGUGUGUGUAAAAAAAUGUAUGAGAGAGAAACCAUACAUUUUAGUUUAUCUGCUCAAGAAUGGAGGGGAGUUCUGUCCUCUGAAGAGAAGUGAUCAAGCUUGAGCGAUUCAGAUGACCUGAAAUCCACGUGACCCAUGCGUAGCAAUCUCUGCAUCAUAAUGAGGCCUGGUGGCACUUCAUUUGCUACACUACUCUCAAUGUCAUGCAGCCUACUGGACGUGCAGCUGAUGUAGCACUCAGCAAAAAGCCUGAGCUGCAAUUCUGAGCAAGAAAAAAGAAGAGAAGGAGACGUCAUCCCCCCCCCCCUCCUCCGCUUCUUUUAUAUGAUGUGUUGGGUAUUGCAAGUGACUGCAGACAACUCAACUCUAAGGAAUAAAAAGGCAGUUUCUUCCUGUCAUCCGACAAGCUACAAAUGUGAGCUUCUUUUGGUUGAUACCCAGUUGUUAAAAUCUUAGUGCAAUUCAACUACUCUUCCCUGAAUUGCUGCAGUGCUCAUCCAAUUAAGAUAUGGAUUGCUACAACAUGCCAAGAAAAUGCAUCUCUAGGGACAAUGGUAAAAACAAAUAUAUACUGUUUUUGUUUUCUUUGAAUCCAUAAAUGAUGAAGACUGAAUAGCUUUUAACCAAAGUGUUCUGAAAAGAAUUCCUUCGGGGUUUUGGUGCAUCCCGAGUAGUUCAAAGUUGAACUGGUUUGAUCAUAUUUGUGCUUUAAAGACUGACUUGUGAUAAAUUAACACUUUUGUAAGACAAUUUUGACAGUUUUUUAAACUAUUGGCAGAAAAACUACUUUGUUCUUACUGAUUUAGUUACAUUUGGUCAGAAUUUGGGUGAUCUGCACAAUGGAGAAUUUGGAAAAGUCUUUGGAUGUUAGGAAUUUGUAGAGAAGAAGUUUUGUUAGACAUGCAAAGAAUAUUCUGUUUAAAAUAAUUUAAAAGUUUAAAAUUGUGCUGUAUUUUUUAACCUUAAGCAGUUUUCACACUUCUUGCUUACAGAAGACUACUAGAUUUCUGCACUAAUUAACUUGUGUAAAAAGUUGUUAAUUCCCUUACCCACAGAAAUAGCAAUCAAAUCAUCAUCAUUUAAUUACUUAUUAAUCGCCCUCCAUCCACGAUGCUCCAGGCGAUUUACAAAUCAUGUCAUUUGGAAAGUCUCAAAGUACCUGCUGGGCUUUUAUUUUACACUGAAAAGAUUUUACACUGCUAUUUAACAUUAUCAGUUUGAACUCAAAAAAAAACUGGAUUGAGCGGGUCUUCUUUCUUUUCUUUUAAAUAGGUGUGGGAUACAUGUCUGGAAAUGUCUAAUUCUGGAAAUGAUGUUUUUUUUUCAGCUUGGAAAGACAGAUGUUAAAUUAAUUUGUGAUAAAGACAACUUUAUCAGGUUCACUGGAUUUGCACUAGUUUUACUAUUAAAAAUACAUAAGCUUAUAACUAAGUUUCAUCCAGUCUUCACAGACAAAAGCAAGCAAUGAUAUAGCUCUGAAUUAGUGUUCUUUCAACUCUUGGCAUCAGCAUAGUAAGACUUUGUUACCCACAGUAUUUUGAUUAUGUCUUUCCAUCAUAUAAAAUGGUUGGAUUUUAUUUUUAAAGUGAAAAGAAUUGAAUUGACAUUGCUACCCUGAGUAAAGCUGGCUCAUUGAAAUGGUUAAGCCAUUUUAAACAUACUUUCCAAACAGCCAGGUAUCUAAAGACAGAAAUGCCUAAACACCUCAGGAGGGUAUUUACCAGAGCCCGUUUUGAGCAGCUGGAUACGAUGGUCAAACACGGAAGGUUUAAUCAAGUUCCAUACAACGAACGAUUUUGUAUUUGUGGAGCAUCAGAGGUGGAGGAUAUCGCACAUGUUUUGUUCAGCUGUGAAUUGUAUAAGAAAGAGAGACACCAAUGCCUCGGACCAUACAUUAUUCACAAAACACACUGGGACCCACAUAUUAAAAUUUCAUUUUUGUUGGCCGGCCAGAAUCCUAAAAUAACACACAAAACAGCCCUUUUCCUAUUCAAAGCCACACAACUGAGAAUUGCAUAUCUGGAAUCAAUUGGGGUAAACUGUGCAGGUGAUGCAGAUAUUUGACCUGAACGGGGUCUUGUUAACAGCUUGUUUAUUUUAACUUCUUUUUUUACCGCGGGUUGUAUGUUGUAUGUUGUAUGUAUGUCUAUGUGUUAAAUGUUUUGAUACGGCCGAUGGGCUAAUCAAUAAAACGUGAUUUGAUUUGAUUACUUAUUAAUCGCCCUCCAUCCACGAUGCUCCAGGCGAUUUACAAAUCAUGUCAUUUGGAAAGUCUCAAAGUACCUGCUGGGCUUUUAUUUUACACUGAAAAGAUUUUACACUGCUAUUUAACAUUAUCAGUUUGAACUCAAAAAAAAACUGGAUUGAGCGGGUCUUCUUUCUUUUCUUUUAAAUAGGUGUGGGAUACAUGUCUGGAAAUGUCUAAUUCUGGAAAUGAUGUUUUUUUUUCAGCUUGGAAAGACAGAUGUUAAAUUAAUUUGUGAUAAAGACAACUUUAUCAGGUUCACUGGAUUUGCACUAGUUUUACUAUUAAAAAUACAUAAGCUU